AACGUCACCACUGCUCCUGAAAGUUUUGGCUAUAAAAGCCGGACGUGUUGACCACAGACGGUACCUUCUGCACCACAGCACCGACGUCUUCACGUGACCUCAGCCAACACAACCAGCAUCAUGAUGACCAAACUCGCCAUCUGCCUGUUCGCCAUGCUGUUUAUCCAGCUGUCUCUUCAACAGACUACCCCCACCCCCGUUGACUGUACACUCGCCCCUGAGCCGGGACAAUGCAAGCUGUAUUUGGAGCAAUACUACUUCGACACAACCACCCAUAACUGCCAGCCAUUUAUCUACGGAGGUUGUGGAGGCAACAGCAACAAAUUCGACACACUGGAGGAAUGUGAAAAUAGGUGCGGCAUUAUCAGAAAAAUAAGCCACAACUGUUGUAAAAUGUGGAGCAAGUGGAUUUGUGUCUUAUUUAUUGUGCUCAACAUGCAACCGUCAGUGUUGGGAGGCCCUAAGUACUGUCUACUGGAGCCAGACCCUGGUCUAUGUGAUGCCUACAUGCCCAUGUUCUAUUACAACCCGUCCACAAACGCAUGUGAAGAGUUCAUCUACGGGGGCUGUGGGGGAAACAGUAACAGAUUUGAAACAAAGAAAACUUGUGUCUACACUUGCGCUAGGUACUGUAAACUGGAGCCAGACCCUGGUCCAUGUGAAGCCCUCGCGACCAUGUUCUACUACAACCCAUCCACAAACGACUGUGAAGAGUUUAACUAUGGGGGCUGUGGGGGAAACAAAAACAGAUUUGAUACAAAGGAAAAUUGUGUCGACUCUUGCGGUUGGUAACUGAUGCAGUCAAGUCACUCUGAAAUAAAUACAACACUUUGGAAUGUAAAUGCUGCCGCCAUCUUUGACAAUGUGGUAAUGAAAUAAAAAUGCAGUAAACCUGA